UGGUAAACAAGCCGAGCAGAGAGAGGGGGCUGAAAUAUGGGCGUCCAGUCGACAGUACACUGUUUGAUUUUAAUUGGGCGUCAUAUUAAUGUUCUAGACUAGGGGUAGGCAAAAUGUGUGACGCGUCCUCGAAUGAGGUUCAAAUUAGAACGGGCUUGUUAUAGUCAGGAUGACCAAGCAUGCAACUCAGUCAAAUUCGAGCAUAGGGUGACGAAUAAUGCAUACCGUUUAGAUGCAGCAGUAUAUCGCGGUGUAGAUAAGACACCUGUUUAUUGUGAAAACACUUUCGCUUUGCGUUUCGACUCUUUCGCGGGGGAACUGUCAUUUCACGGUGAGAACAUCCUUUUUAUUUCUGGGUUUCGAUAGUAACGUGCAUGCAUACUGGUGCAAACAUGCAGAAUGAUUGCGAUAGAAACGAUCAAAAGCAAGACGUCAAGAAGACAGAGGGGUGUUUUGAAAGGACACGUUCAGCAUUAACUGUGGAUGACGUAUACGAAAUAGCUAAAUUGAUUGGCUCGGAAGUGGAAAAACUUAUUGACCGCUACGGUAAAGAGAGCGUCACAGUACUGGUGCCUAAAAUAGUCAAAGUUUUAGAGCUUUUGGAGAGCUUCGCCUUGCUGAACCAUGCACACAAGUCAAAAGAAGAAGAAUUACUUAAAGCAUUCGAAACGCUACAUGUACAGAAACAGAAGACGAGAUCUGUGAAAGAAUGCGAAGAAAGCAGCAAGUACGAAAUACAGCGGCAGGAGGUGCAGCAGCAGGAGCAGGCGGAGAAGCAGAGGAGGAGGUGCGAGGAGCUGCAGGCCCAAGUGUUACAUCUACAGACGGAGAAUCAGGAGUUACAGAGCUGCCUGAGGGGCAACCAUGCCCAGGAAGACCGUGUCCAACGGCAGGAGCGGGAGGUGAUGCUGAAACUGAAGGUGGUGGUUGACAAGCAGAGAGAUGAGCUGAGGGCCAAAGUACAGCAGAUAGCCAGCGUUACUAAAGAGGUGGAGGCGCUGCAGGAGCAUUUGGAGCGCUUCAUGAAGAUGAAUGGGGAGCUGAGACACAAGCAGAGCAUCGUCACGGCCCAGGUGAAGGGUGCUGUGGAGAGGAAGGCUGACAUGGAGGCAGACCUCCGAGAGAAACAGAAAGAGAUAGAACGCCUCACCAUCCAGCUGGAAAAGGCCAACGCUGCUGCUGGCACAGCCAGUCCGUGUAAGACAGAAGUGGACCUGACAGGCAAGCUGGUGAUAGACCUGAAGGACCCCAACAGACCCUGUUUCACCAAACAGGAGGUCAGAGAGAUGCUGACAGAGAGGAAUGAGCUCAAAGCCAACCUGUUCCUGGUGCAGGAGGAACUCUCCUACUACCAGAGGGAGAUCCUGAAUGAUGAGCGGUGUCCAGGCUUCUUGCUGGAGGCAGUACGUUCUGCCAUAAAGAAACAGAAAACUGUCAUCAAGGCCAAGAUGCUGGGCAUGCCAGAGGACGAAUGCAGCAGUGAUGAGGAGAAAGCCCCCGUGUUUGAGAGGAGAGCAGAGACAGAAACCGAGACAGACAGCACUGACAGCAAACCACAAGAGUCUCGCAUCAGGAACCUCUUUGGCUUCCUGACCCGCUCAGGCAGCAACCACAGCAGCCGUAGUCCCAGUGAAAACAACGCUGCUUCUUCCUGGGAAAUCAUCGACGACUCCGAGACCACAGCGGAGACAGAACCCCAACAAUCACCAUGACAACCCUCAACACCCGUCCAACUACACUUAUAAUAUAUCAUGCCAUUUAGCAGACGCUUUUAUCCAAAGCGACUUACAGUCAUGUGUGCAUAAAUUUUUGCGUAUGGGUGGU